AUGACCAACUCCGCCCCACAAACAUGGCUCUUUUAUCUACUUUCCUUUCCACCAACGUCUCAACUCUCUCUCCCGGCCCUAGAUUUCCUUAUAUAUAAACACCUCCCCAGAAACUCCAAUUCCUUCAGUACUUACCUCGAUCGAUCUCUUUUUGCCACUAACCAAGGCACAUAAUUUAAGAUAUCAUCAAAGUUAGCUCGAAGCUGGAUGUCGGACUGGGGUCCAGUGUUUGUGGCUGCGGUGCUGUUUGUGCUUUUAACUCCGGGUCUGCUUUUCCAAGUGCCUGGGCGCCAUGGCUGCGUCGCGUUUGGCAACUUUCAGACCAGUGGUGCAUCCAUACUAAUCCACUCCCUCCUCUACUUUGCUCUUACUUGCAUCUUUUUGCUGGCCAUGAAGGUUCACUUGUACAUUUAUUAAUACCCCCAACCAACAGAUAAUGGGGGUGUUAAUCGCUAGCUAGCUUGUUACAUGCAUAAGCUAAGUGCGCGCAUGGUCUACAUGAUAUCAUGUGUUAAUUCUUGUUAGCUAGUAAUAAUGAAGGGUUCUUGAUUUGAAUCCUCGAAUGUGUCUACGUACGUAUUUUGUAAUAUUAUAACAUGAUUAAUUUCUCUAGCUAUCUUCCUUGUAUUAUUGAUAUUCCGCGACGACUUGUGCUCAAGUUGAAUCUAAAAUCUGCAAAUCCAAAUUCCAUUGAA